AUGGCGUGUUACUAUAUUGUCAUCAGCUCCACACACCUUAGCAAUGGCCAUUUCAGAAACAUCAAGGGAGUUUUUCGGGGCCCACUCUGCAAGAAUGGAAACAAGACUCUGGACUAUGCUGAAAAGGAAAAAGCAAUAGCAAAAGCCUUGGAGGAUCUGAAAGCCAACUUCUACUGUGAAUUGUGUGACAAACAGUAUUACAAACAUCAAGAGUUUGAUAAUCAUAUAAACUCCUAUGAUCAUGCUCACAAGCAGAGACUGAAAGAACUGAAGCAGAGAGAGUUUGCCCGGAAUGUAGCUUCCAAGUCAAGAAAAGAUGAAAAGAAACAGGAAAAAGCUCUCAAACGUUUACAUGAGCUAGCUGAACUCAGAAAGCAAGUUGUGUGUGCCCCAGGGAGUGGUCCAAUGUUCAAGUCCACAACUGUUGCUGUGAAAAAUGCCUCGGGGAAAAAUCAGCAGCAUGCCAACCUGGAUGCUGGAAGAGCAGACAGUAAAUCAGCAGAUCCUGAAACUGGCAUGGCAGGCAGCACGGAAGAAAUCAGUAGAGGAAAGAACAAACUGUCUGUAAGCAAUACAACUGACAUCUGGAGAGCUGAACAUUGCAUGUUGGGAAAACAAACCUGUGGACAAAAAGUAGGAUUCUCCUUUUCCUUUCCCAAGAAAGCUCCUGUCAAACUGGAAUCAUCUGCAGCAGUUUUCUGUGACAACAGUGAAGAAGGAUCAAGCAAAACGAAUACAAACCACAAACGCAAAAUCAACUGUAAUACUUACAGUACUCAGACAAGUUCUAGCCCAGAGACAGUUGCUGAUUUGGAUGUGAAGCCAGAAAGCAGUAAAUACCAGCAGGAAAACAAUUUUUGCACUAAUUCAAUGUCCUUGCUUAAAGAAGGGUCACAGGAUUUGAUAAUGAAGGAACACAAUAGUGCAGCAGAAAGCAGUUUUUCUUCCUGCAUACCUCAAGCUCAAUGCAAGAAUAAGCCAAAACAUCCCUUCUUCGAGUCCGUGCCAUUAACAAAACAAGAUGCACUCUACAAGGAUGUAACCAAGGAAGAAAAAGCCUCUGAAAAUGAUAGGUCAGGGUGUUUUGAUCCAACUGAGGAAAAAAAUGGAGUUAAAAUGAUAUUAAGUAAUGAAGUGUUAAAUUCACUGGUGGAAGUUGAAACAUCUACAACAGCUAACGAGUUAACACAAAAGGGUGAUGCCACCGAGGCGUUCCUUGAUGGUUUAUCUAAAAAUUGUUGUUCUCUACAUGUAGAGACAGAAAGUACAGCUGUACAAGAUAAUCCUUGCAUAUGCAGAAGACCAAAUAAUCCUUUUUUUCCUGUAGUCAGCAAGGAUGAGUCAACUGUCCUUCAGUGGCCUUCAGAAAUGUUAAACUUUACUAACACUGAGCCUUCCAUAACUUUUUGUUGCAACCCUCUAUAUUUUGACUUUAGGACAUCCCGAGCUAAAAGCUGUGUGGAGGAAAUUAAAUCCAAAGCAAAUGAAUUAAAGGCAUCACAAAUCUCAUUGAAAGAACUCAGCAGACCUGCCAAAAGGAAUUUUUUAAGUAGCUUUUCUGAAAUGAAACCAGAUGACUCGAGCCUCUAUGUACAAGGUGCUAUGAGUAGAGAUGAGAUGUAUACUACUCUUCAAAAAAGUGACUUUGAGAAGACACAGAACAUUUGUGGUGAACAAAUGGUUGGAUUAAAGCCUCACUGCAAUGGGACCGGCCAAGAAGAAUCCAUUAAAGAAACUGAAUCUUAUUACAAGCCCAAAAAAUGGAAAAAGCACAAAAAGUCUUACAGGCAUUUAAAGCAUAAGCAGAAGAAGAAAAAGACUGAAAAAAAACGUCAUACAAACUGGAAAGGAGAGAAAGAGCACGGUUGUAUAUAUAAAAAAAUGAAGAGGCGAAAGCUGUCAGUGGAGUGGAAAAAUCGAGAGAAAAUGGAGGUAGAUGAAGGGUCUAGCAUUUCAGGCACAAAUGAAUUGUCUGACGAAGAAAACACCACAGAUACAGUAGAAUGCAGACAUGGACAAGAAAAGAUGCAAAAAGAAUAUUCAGAAGAAGGCCCUGAACAAUUUGAAGUUAAGUGUGAUCAAAAUAAUGCAGCCUCAGAAAAACUGGCUCAAGCUCAGAAAAAAAUUGAUUGCAACAAUAGAAAAAGAGAGACCUUGCAAAGUAACCAGAAUGACAGAGUGUGUAAUACAAAUAAUGAAACAAGAGAGAAAAGAGAGAGUAGUGAGGACAAUGGGGAACAUGAUGAUUUUCUUACAGGCAGACAGAGAAAUGGCUGCAGACGGCACAAGCAUUGUUCAAUGUCCAGGGAUUCUUCAACUGACUGCCACUCAUCAUGUAACAUAUGUUCUUUUAAAAAUAAGCUAAGAAGCAGAAGCAAUGGCUACAAUUCUUUUUCAGACAUGGAGUAUUCUGAUCAACAAAGUGAUGAAAGACAUUCAGUGAAGAGAAGGUAUGAAUCUCUGAAUUGCAAGCCUGUCAUUAUCCAUCACAAACGCGGUAGGCAUAGACAUUCUUCAUCCCCAAAUGGAGAUCAUAAACAAAGCCCGAAUUCAUCAUAUAAUAGUUGGAAUGAAGUGGGUAGUUCCAACUCAGAUUAUAGACACAAUCAUAGUGAAGAAUCUCGCCGACAAAAACAACUAUGUCAAGCUGGGCCUAACUUAAAGAGCAAAAUAUCUAAAAGGGAAAAGAGUAAGUGUUUUUCAGCAGAUGAGUUGCAGCCUUGCUACCCUUCAUGUCAAGAGAAUCUCUGUGAAAAUUCUGCACCAAAUGCUCCAAGGCAAGAUAAGAAUGUGAUAAACAUCUCUCAUACUACUGUAGAGCAGGCAGAGGAAGGUUGCAGUUCAGUAUUCAAGCUGUCAGCAGGAACAUUUGCAGAUGAUUACCAUUCAAAGAUAAGCAACCAUUUUCUGGACACAGAAGUGUCUAAAAUGACACAUGAUGGACAAGAAUUUGAUGAGCAUACAAAAAAUAGGUUUUCAGAAAUGUGGAUUAAUCACAAAGACCCUUCAGAGAAUAUUUUGUUUCCUGGGCUCUCAUUUGUUCUAAAUGAUGACACUGUGUUGCCACAGAGUGAAAAGGUGCCAACUAUGAAGACUCUAUCACAAAGAGAUGUAAUACAUCAGAAACAGACAGAUUCAUAUGGUGAUAACAUCAAAGAUAUCAAGCCAUCCCUAAAUGAAGUGUUUCUCUGUCAUUAUGAAACUGCACCUGAGACACAUGCAGAUAGAACAUCAUGGCUUCAAGAUAAUUCAAAUAUUCCACACUGCAAUACUCAGCAAACUCUGCAAAAUGAAGCAACCACAAUUAUUGACAAUCAAACUCAAAGUACUGAGGAAAUGUACAAAACUUUCUCUCCACUCUCUCAAACAAUAUCAUUCACGCCAGAGGAAAUUGAGAAAUACAGGCAACUUCAGAUCCAAGCUCAACAGCACAUAGAACAACAGAAGCUGGUCAGCAAAGUGAAGACACCUUCAACUGCUGUAGCAGCUCCCAUGCAACAGCCUCGUCAGCAAUCGGUGACGACUGCAUCAAUUACAACAAUUCAUCACACUGUGCUCCAACAUCACGCUGCCACUGCAGCUGCGGUGACUGCAGGAGCAUUCAUGCAACCUCACUCGCAGCCUGUUCCACACGCCCAUCCUCCCCCACCAAUCUUAACUCACCUUUCAUUAACCCCCGGCCUUUAUCAAGGAGGGCACCCAACUUUUCUAGCAGCUCCACAACUCCACAUUAUUCCUGCCUGUGCUCUUCACCCAAGCCAUUUUGCUGUCCAUCCAUUGCCAGCUGCUACAUUGUUCCCCCCAUUACUCACUUUACAUACACCUCCUCUUCCACUCCACCAUUUACUUCAUUCUAAUUUCACUACCCAAGAUUUCCUGCACCUAACAGGUCACAACACGUAA